GCAUGUGCCCGGCGCCCCCUCCCCGACCCUGGAAUCCACUUCCUGUUCGCUCGCGCUGCCGCUGCGGCCGCGAACGGAACCCAUGGCCGGGACGCGUUGGGUGCUCGGGGCUCUGCUCCGGGGCUGCGGCUGUAACUGCAGCAGCUGCCGGCGCACAGGCGCCGCCUGCCUGCCCUUAUACUCCGCCGCCGGCACCUUCCCGUCGGGCAUCUCGGGCCGCCGCCGCCUGCUGCUGCUCCUCGGGGCCGCCGCGGCCGCUGCUUCCCAGACGCGCGGCCUGCAGCAGGAGUCCAAAACUACCUACCUGGAAGACCUUCCACCACUACCUGAGUACGAAUUGAGCCAGUCCAAGUUAGGAGAGGAAGUGGAUGAUGUUUAUCUCAUUCGUGCUCAAGGACUGCCAUGGUCAUGCACUGUGGAAGAUGUGCUUAACUUCUUCUCAGACUGCAGAAUCCGCAAUAGUGAGAAUGGAGUACACUUCCUCUUAAAUAGAGAUGGGAAACGAAGGGGUGAUGCCUUAAUUGAAAUGGAGUCAGAGCAGGAUGUACAGAAAGCCUUAGAAAAGCACCGGAUGUACAUGGGUCAGCGAUAUGUGGAAGUAUAUGAGAUAAACAAUGAAGAUGUGGAUGCCUUAAUGAAGAGCCUGCAGGUCAAAUCUUCCCCUGUGGUAAAUGAUGGAGUGGUUCGUUUGCGAGGACUUCCUUACAGUUGCAAUGAGAAGGACAUUGUUGACUUCUUCGCAGGGCUGAAUAUAGUAGACAUUACUUUUGUAAUGGAUUAUAGAGGCAGAAGAAAAACAGGGGAAGCCUAUGUACAAUUUGAAGAACCAGAAAUGGCCAACCAAGCCCUUUUAAAACACAGAGAAGAAAUUGGUAACCGAUACAUAGAGAUAUUUCCAAGCAGAAAGAAUGAAGUCCGAACACAUGUUGGCAUUCAUAAGGGAAAAAAAAUGAUAUCUUCUCCUACUGCUAAGUAUAUAACAGAGCAAGAAGUGGUGUUUGAGGAACAGGAGGUAAAUGAGGAUAGUCGACCCAUGACGGCUUUUGAAAGCGAGAAAGAAAUAGAAUUGCCUAAGGAGACGUCAGAAAAGCUUCCAGAGGCUGUUGAUUUUGGAAAUACACCUUCAGUGCAUUUUGUCCACAUGAGAGGAUUACCAUUCCAAGCCAAUGCCCAGGACAUUAUAAAUUUCUUUGCUCCACUGAAGCCUGUGAGAAUCACCAUGGAAUACAGUUCCAGUGGGAAGGCCACUGGAGAAGCUGAUGUGCAUUUUGAUACCCAUGAGGAUGCUGUUGCAGCUAUGCUCAAGGACCGGUCCCAUGUUCAACAUAGGUAUAUUGAACUGUUCCUAAAUUCAUGUCCUAAAGGAAAAUAAGACUUGAACAGACUCCAGAUAAAAAGGAUGAAGCCAGAAGCUUUUCAUUUGCACAUCUUCCUUGGACAUGGAAUAUAAAAAUCCAGUUUAUUGAUAGCAACUGCUGGAGAAAAGAUUUCGAUGCUAUGAAUUUUUUAGAAAGAGAAAGAUUCAGUUUAGAAUUAUAAAAUAAACCUAAAAAUUCAAAAUUUGUUUAAAUGGUCCAGGAUCUGAUUAAGAAAAUCUGGUCUUUAUGUAAUUAAGGUUUCUUUUCAUAGAGGAUAUAUUACCAAUUGUAAAGAUGACAUAUUUUUAUUCAGCAUUGUGCUUUAAAAUCUUAUUCCCACUUUUCUUUGCCUAUGAUUGAGAGCUCUGAUGUAAAACUUCUCAUGAAAUAAAAUGAUGUAUUUUAACCACACACUCACCAAAGCAAGGCAAGGUUUCAGAACUUUAAACCAGUCUGGUUUGGGCAAGUAGUUUUUCAUUUUACUGUAUUUGAUUACUUAGGGCUAGAAAUUAAAAAAAAAAAAAUCACAGAUUAGUAGGUAUAAAUGAUAACUUGGCAGUUUUAUGUCUUUAGAAACUUUCUAAGCCUUAUGCUAAAGGCAUUUAAUAUUGGUGCCUGUCUAUUUAAAGGGGAAGUCUAGUCUCAGAGUUGUCUCAGUCUCCCUUUUCUCCACUUUCUUUUGGUUUUGGGUAAAUCUUAAGGAUGUUUGUUGGGUUUGAAAUUGUUAAGUGAUAAAGUGGUAUGUCAAAGCAGUCUAGACUGGUAGGACAUUAAUGGCUUCACUUGAAUUUAAACCAGCUCUAGAAAGAAAAAAACAAAACUAAGUCUCCUCAUUUGCUUUUUCAGUGGGGUAGCACAUCCCAUAUUUUAGAACAUGUAGGGGUGCCUUGCUUAAAUAAAAGUAGCAUUUAAUGUGUAAUUGUGUGAAGGGUUUAUGGAUAAAGCUGUACUAAUGUCACAUUGUGGCAGCACCUUCUGCUUUAGUAUUUAACAGCUUGUUAUUUAAAUAUUGGGCAAAAUGGCUGGCUUUAAAAAUAGUCAUUAAUAAACAUAUGUACACCCAUGUAGGAGAAUCAAAGUUCUGUAUACUUUGUUUGCCUUGUCCCUGUUCUCAGGGUGACAGCUGCUACCAAGAUGUAACAAUUCUAGUUCUUAAGAUUAAAAUUGCUGAGAUUUCAGUGAGGUAAUAAUCUGGAAGAGACAUGUCUCUCAGUACAUAACCAUCUCUGAUUACCAGCUAAAGUUCAAAGUCAUUGUACAGUAGUGAAUAAAUGAAGGUUUGUUUUAUUAUUGAA